GGUCGGACAGCAGCUCUCUUCGUCGUUCUUUUCGUGUAGAACAAAAAAGCCAAAAGUUAGGCCGAGAGGAUGAUCCGGACAAGUGCUAAUAUGCGGCCAGUACUUCUACCAUAGAAUGUUGUGGACGACUUCUAAGUUUAUGUGGACUAUCAUUUACGAAAAGCACAUAGAAAAUUUUAGAAUAUCACCGACUACAUCGAAGUAGACAAUCUAUUCCAUUUUCAAUUUGAAUCGCGAUCAAAACUAAGAGUAAGCCAACAAGUAGUCAAUGGAGCCAGACCCCGAGCCUUCCUUCACGGGACCACCGGGGCCAGCGGCAGCUUCCAGGUCCACGUCGCUCGACCACGGAACCAAUAGUACAAAUGGCGAGAAGAGUACAAAGAGCGUCAACCAGCAAAUCCUAAAAUACUCAAGCGGAGCAUACAAGGAAGCAAAGAAAAUCAGCAGCAAGCAGGAUCUACGCAUUGCAAAUAUAAAAAUGCCCUCGGGGUCUCGAACAAAGGUUGAACCUCUAUUGCGUGUAGUUUCGCAUUCGUGUAAAUAAGUCUUGAUCUGUUUUGCAUGGGCAACACAAGCGCGACCGCUUUUGUCAUGCAAAAACGCAAGCUCUAAUGCGCACCAAGUGUGAGGAUGGCGAAGCGUCCAAAAAACUGCACUGACACUGAGAAGUGCCUAUGCUGAAUCAUCAACACACAGCAUGACAGGUUUCCAGACCCAGACAUAUAAUUCCUAAUGGAUAGGACCAGCUCCAGCUUUCGCUCGAGCGGCUGUCGCGGGCCUUAUGAACUGCAAAAGUAUCUUACUCGUCUAAAUGCAUGACAAAUUCCCUCAGCAUGAGAAAUGAAAUUUGUAAUGCGGAUUUACCUUGACCUUGAGAAAAAAAGAAAAACUUGUAAUGCAUGAAUGGGAUUACUACGAGUACGAUACUUUUGCACAGGAUAGGCCUUUCAGUUUUACGAUGCGGAGCGGUGCAUAUCAAAACGAAAAAUCCCCCCUCCCCAUAUCAAAGUGGAAAUCUGUGAUGCGGGAUUUCUGUACACAAAUCGGGUUUGUCUUGCAGUAGAGGACUGCAGGCAGAUACAAAGCCGGAGCAGGGGCGUUUUGGUGUAGGCGCCUAGCAAGGCAGGCGUGUCCUCUGUAGGCCCCGCAGCGUUACAAAUUGCCUGCAAAACGAGGCGGAGGCUCUGGAUUUGCGUUCCAGCAAUACAGAGACGAUUUGUGGCGACGAAUCAGCAUCACAAAUUUGCAGAAGUAUCCUUUUUUGGUAUGGGGAGGGGAGAUUUUUCCUCGCAAUAGUGCACUGCUUCGUUUCUGAACGGGAGCAGCGAGCCGAUCUGGGUAUGGAUUGCAAAAAUGUCUGGGUCUGGGAGGAUUCGAAUUUGUGAUGCGAAGUCUACAUCCUGAGAAAUUCUGUCAUGCGUGGCUAGCAAAAGGCCUUUCCGAGAGAGGGGAUUUGUCAUGCGGAUUAGGCAUUGGGAUACCCGCUCAAGAUCUGUGAUGCUAGAGCUUACAUGCCAGACGAUCUGGUUCAUGCAAAAACUGCAUGACAGAUCUCGCAUUCUUCCAGACCCAGACACUUUUGCAGUUGAUACUGGGUCUACAGCUACAACCGCGCGGUCGGUACUUCUGCCCCCGGAUCGACAACAACGGAUAACGAGCCGCAUUCAAAAAUGCUCUUGCAUCCGAGGUAUCAAAUGCAAAUAUGUCUGGGUCUGGAAAGGUUGAACCUGUAUUGCGUGUUUAGCACUGCUGAAAAAUUUGUAUUGCAUGAGCAGCAAAUAAAGCACCAGACUUUCGUCAUGCAAAAACGCAGUUUGUAAUGCGUCCUGCGCAUGACAGAGCAUGCUUUGUCAUUUGUCAUGCUGCACUGCACUUAAAGGCGCGCUCAAUCAUGGCCGUUCAGCAUUACAAGUUUCCAGACCCAGACAUAUUUGCAUUUGAUACGAGGGAAAAGUCGAAAAUAUCUGCCUUUGAUGGGGAGUCGAAGACGUGUGAAAGCUUCCGGGUGUGGCUAUCAAACGCAAAUAUGUCUGGGUCUGGAAGAAUUCGAAUUUGUGAUGCGAAUUCUACAUCAUGUCAACAUAUGUCAUGGUUGGCUCGCAAAAGGCUCCACUUCUUGUCACAGAAAGAAGUGAUUUGUCAUGCGGAUUAGGCAUUGGGAUACCCGUUCGAAACCUGUGCUGCUAGGGCUUCCAUGCGAGCCCUUCUGUGUCAUGCAAAAACAGCAUGACUUCUUCCAGACCCAGACAUAUUUGCAAUGCAUAGUGGCUCAAAAACGACAAAUCCUGGCUGACGAGGAACAGUGCUUGGCAUUUUAUAUCAAAUGUAAAAAUGCCUGGGUCUGGAAGGUUGGAACUUGUGAUGCUAACUUUGGAUUCUAAAAAAAUCUGUAUUGCAUGACCAGCAAUAGGAGCCCAGUUUGUGCUACGCGGGGAGGCCAUUUGUCAUGCGGGAUAGGCAUCAGGAAGGCCUCUAAAAAUAUGUGAUGUCAGAUCAUGCAUUACAGACAUCCUGAGUCAUGUAGAAUAUGCAUGACAAACCUGGCAACCUUCCAGACCCAGACAUUUUUGCAUUUGAUAUUUUAACAUCCUGAACCAAAAGGAAUACGUCGUUUCCGCGCCAGACAAGAUCGGACUAGCGGGGCAGGCACAGUCGUACUUGUAAUCUUCAAGGAUGAGGAUCUAGUUUUUGGGAAAUAUUACGCAUUUAUAAAAGAUAAAGAGGAACAAGCCGCAGGUCGAUAGAUGAUGGCUUGUGGACGUUAUCUUCGAAGUAGUGUAGAAAGCGAAUGAUAAA